AUUAACAAACAAUCAACUUAUUGAUGAAAUCCAAUCACACAAAUAUAUAAUUUUAUUAUUAUACAUAGAUCCAAACAAAUACCAAUGGUCAUGUUAUGUUAUCUUUGAAUAUUUAUGAUAAGAUUAUCUAUAUAACUUAUUAUCUAUGUAAUGGCGAUAAAUAAUCUAGAACAUUGAUAAAAGUAUGGCAGUCUUCGUUUUUCGUUAGUAUGAUGAUGUAAAGCCAGGGAUGUUUUGGAAAGUUAAUAUUAAGUAGAAUCUCAAAGAACAAGUGCAUCUAAAGUUCAAAAUGGCGGAUCGGAUACAAAUAUCGGACUAUGUCUGGAUUAAUCCAGAUAAAAAGUCUGAAUUCGAUGUACCAAUCGCUGUAAAAGUGCUCAACAGUUCUGGAGGUAAACUGCAGGUCAGAGACGACAAUGGCGACGUAUUCAUAACAGCUGUUACUAAUGUCAUCAAACCAUUACACUCGACCUCCUUGACGAGUGUCGAAGACAUGAUAACACUUGGUGAGCUUCAGGAACAUACAAUACUGCGGAAUCUGCAUAUUCGUUACAAUCAGCAACUGAUAUACACGUAUACCGGUACGAUGUUAAUAGCAAUAAACCCAUACGAGAUACUACCAAUAUACACAAUGGAUCAAAUACACUUUUAUCAAGAUAGUAAUAUAAGAGAUAUACCGCCACACAUAUUCGCCAUUGGGAAUGAAUCAUACAGAGAAUUAUUAGAGACAUCAUCGAAUCAAUGUGUCGUAAUAAGCGGUGAAAGUGGUGCCGGAAAGACAGAAAGUACCAAAUUGCUUCUGCAGUAUCUAGCAGCUGCAAGUGGUAAACAUUCGUGGAUCGAACAACAGAUUCAGGAAACAAAUCCUAUUUUAGAAGCGUUCGGGAACGCGAAAACGGUCAAAAAUGAUAAUUCAUCCCGAUUCGGAAAAUACAUAAAUAUCUACUUCAGCAGUAAAGGAGUAAUUGAAGGUGGAAACAUUGAUCAAUAUUUGUUGGAGAAAUCGCGAAUCGUGGGACAGAAUAAAGGAGAGAGAAACUAUCAUAUAUUUUAUUCACUCGUAACAGGACUGUCUGCCGAUGAAAAAAAGAAGUUGGAACUUGGACAACCUGCGGACUACGGGUAUCUAAACUCGGGAAAUAUGUUAACUUGUGAUGGCCGUAAUGAUGCCAUCGAGUUUUCUGACAUAAGGUCUGCAUUCAAAGUUCUCAGUUUUUCGGACAGCGAUGUUUGGGAAUUAUUUGGCCUCCUUGCUGCGAUACUGCAUUUAGGCAAUUUGAAAUUCAAGUCUUUUAACAUAAGUAAUAUUGAGUCCUCUGAAGUAGCAGAUGCCAUCAAUGCAAAUAGGAUUGCGUCUCUCUUGGGUGUCAAUAAGGCCAGGUUUUGUGAAGCAUUAACCAGAAAAACAUUGAUUGCUCAUGGUGAUAAAAUUGUAUCAACUCUCUCAGUGGCACAAGCAAUAGAGGGUCGGGAUGCGCUUGUGAAAGCUAUAUAUGGCCAUAUUUUCGAAUACGUAGUAGAUAUGAUAAAUAAAACUCUGCAUAAAGAUCAACAGCUUUCUAGUGGAUCAGUUGGAAUAUUAGAUAUUUUUGGUUUUGAGAAGUUUGAGUCGAAUAGUUUUGAACAACUGUGCAUUAAUUACGCUAAUGAAAACUUGCAACAAUUUUUCGUGAAACAUAUUUUCAAACUUGAACAAGAACAGUACGAGAAGGAAGGGAUAACUUGGACAAAUAUUAACUAUACUGAUAACCAAGAAAAUCUUGAUCUAUUGGGUCAAAAACCUAUGAAUUUGCUCUCGCUUAUUGAUGAAGAGUCAAGAUUUCCUAAAGGCACGGAUCUUACGUUGCUCUCUAAACUGAACAGUAACCACAGCAAUAAAAUCUGUUACAUUACUCCGAAAUCAACGCAUGAACAUAAAUUUGGCGUAAAACACUUCGCUGGAGAUGUGUUUUAUGAAGUUAAAGGUUUUUUAGAUAAAAACAGGGACAUGUUGACUGCAGAUGUUAAAGAGUUGAUAUGGGACUCCAAUAACUCCUUUUUAAAAAGUUUGUUUCCAAUUGAUAACGUAACACCGCAAAGUGGAAGUCGAAAAGUGAUCUCACUAAGUCAUCAAUUUAAGACUUCGCUUGAAGCACUUAUGAAGACUUUAUAUGGAUGUCAUCCAUUUUUUGUUAGAUGCAUAAAACCCAACGAGAUUAAAAAGCCACGUAUUUUAGACCGAGCUUUAUGCAUUCGCCAACUCCGAUAUGCAGGAUUAAUGGAGACUGCAAAGAUAAGACAGGCAGGUUAUCCCAUAAGGUAUUCGUAUUCAGAGUUUGUGCACCGUUAUCGCCUUGUAACCGCUGGCAUACCACCCGCAGAGAAAGCUGAUUGCAAGAACGCAGCUAAAAAAAUAUGCAGCGACGUUCUUACAGAUCAAGAUUACCGAUUGGGCCAUACGAAGGUAUUCCUUAAGGAUCAUCAUGACGCUUUAUUAGAAGAAUUACGACAUAAGGUUCUCAUAAAUGCAGUUAUCAAAGUGCAAGCAAAUGGACGAAGGUUUAUAUACCGAAAAAGAUAUUUGCGAUUAAAACACGCUGCCAUCAUUGUUCAGAAGCAUUUCAGAGCCCGUGGCUUUAGACACAAAUUCUUGAUUAUGAGAAGGGGAUAUCUACGCUUACAGGCAGUCAUUAAAUCAAAAGAACUGCGAAAAACAUUAAUUAAUUUAAAGAAGUUUUUCAAAUGUUUUCAAGCACAAUGUAGGGGCUAUCUUGUAAGAAAAUUUGUUCAAGAAAAGGGCAGUGUCAUAAAAGCAAAAUUGUUACUAUUACAUAAAGAGAAGGCGAAUUAUUCAGGCGAUCCUAAAAGUGCUGAAAAUGAAUUCGAGAAGAAAUACUCGGAACUUAUGUCAUCGAUUUGGAUAGCUAAGGAUAUAGUUUCUGAUAACUCGCAGAAUAAUAAUAUCAUCGAUGAUAGAUACGUUGACGAUGUUUUUGGUUUUUUAAAAGAUACUGCAACUCCAGCUGGCACAGUGCGGGGAACUGGAUUUGGAAUGACAGCAACAACGAAACCAGAAUUGUCAACUAUUAUAAAAUUACCUCAAGAACCAGAGGAUGAACAAUUUGAUGAGUUUAAUUUUAAAAAGUUUGCGGCGACGUAUUUCUUGGGAAAUAUAAGCUGCCAAUAUUCAAGGAAGCCCUUGAAACAUUCGCUUCUGGAUUUACCAUCACCUAUGGAUAAAAUAGCGUCUCAAGCUAUAUGGAUUACAAUAUUGAGAUUCAUGGGUGAUAUAGCAGAACCUAAAUAUGCAGAUGAUAAAACAGACAAUGUACCCGUCAUGACCAAAUUGUAUGAUACAGUUGGACGUGCCUUUCAAAAGAGCAAAGAAUUUGAAGAUUUGAUUCCAAAAGAUUACCAAGGCAACAGUAAAAUGAUACAGAGAACUCUAAAAAGGCAAACAAAAUUAAAUGAUGAGUUUAUGAAAAAUCUGAUUAACGACGAAUUGACGAAUGAAAUGUACAGCACUUGGUUGAAUUCCCGCCGGAGUACAAAUUUAGAGAAACUACAUUUUAUUAUCGGUCACGGAAUUAUCAGAAAAGAGUUACGGGAUGAAAUUUUUGCACAAUUAUGUAAACAACUCACCAAUAAUCCUUCUAAAGCAUCCUAUGCUCGAGGAUGGAUAUUAUUUUCUUUAUGUGUUGGCUGUUUCCCACCUUCUGAAAGAUUUAUUAAAUAUUUGCGGUCAUUUAUUCGUGAAGGACCACCUGGAUAUGCACCAUAUUGCGAAGCAAGACUUGUAAGAACAUUCAAAAUUGGUCCUCGAACUCAACCACCUAGCUGGUUAGAAUUGCAAGCUACUAAGACAAGGAAACCAAUUUUACUAACCGUGACUCUAAUGGAUGAAUCAAUGAAAACAAUUCAGUCCGAUUCAGCUACUACAGCGGAAGAGGUUUGUCAACAAAUAGCAGAUAAUAUUGGAUUGACAGACUCGUUCGGAUUUUCGUUAUAUAUAACUUUAUAUGAUAAAGUGCUUUCAUUGGGAAGUGAAGGAGAACACAUAAUGGACGCAGUUUCUCAAUGUGAGCAAUUUGCUAAAGAACAAGGAACGUCUGAAAAACAUGCUCCUUGGAGAUUAUUUUACAGAAAAGAAGUUUUUUCACCUUGGCAUAAUCCAGUCGAGGAUCCCGUGGCUACAAAUUUGAUAUAUCACCAAGUAGUCAAAGGAGUAAAGUUUGGAGAAUAUAGGUGUAACUCUGAAAAAGAUUUGGCGAUCAUAGCAGCACAACAACAUUAUAUUGAAUAUGGACCGAGUAUAGACCCUAACAUACUAAGGAAAGUUAUUGUUAAUUAUAUACCAAAUCAAUUUAUCCAGUCCAACGAUGUAGCUUUGACAAAAUGGGAGCAUCUUGUUACUAAAGCAUUUGAAACAUCUACUAGUAUACAGACUUCAGUAGACCCUUUACGGUGCAAGGAAGAUAUAGUUAUAUUUGCAAAAUUAAAAUGGCCGAUGAUGUUCUCGAGAUUCUUUGAAGCCAUUAAGCUGAAAGGAGAGACAAUAAAUAAAGAUCUUGUUAUUAUUGCAGUGAAUUGGACUGGAAUUUAUAUCGUUGAUCAGUCGGAACAUAUACUUCUCGAGAUUUCGUAUCCCGAGGUCACUUACGUUGCCUACGAUGAUGAAAAGGAUUACGACAAUGUCGGAAGAGUAACUCUUAGAACAAUACAGCAAGAAGAAUUUGUAUUCCAAAGUGUGGAUGCAAGUGAGAUGAGCUCAAUUAUCAUAUAUCUCAUGGAUGGUUUGAAAAGACGUUCGAUUUAUGUUAUAUCUCAAAGUGAAUCACAGGGUUUCAGUGAAGCAGCCUCAUUUUUGCAAUACAAAAAAGGCGAUCUUAUUACUCUCUUACAAGAUACUACAGGAGAAACACUUAUGAAUGCAACAUGGGGUUACGGAGAAUGCAAUAAGGAAGAAGGUCUAUUUCCAACUGAGCAAGUGUAUAUUUUACCAACAUUGUCUAUGCCUCCUGCAACAAUAUUAGAAGUAUUUAAAAAGGGAAAUAUAAAUAAUACCGAAAAAAUUAAAUCAAAGUACAACACUAUACAAAGGAAGCGAAUGCAUACUUUAGAAAAAUAUGCAAAGGAUCAUUUUAGAGAAAAUUACGAUAUUAAUUCCACUAUAACCAAACAAUCAACGCUAACUACUGCAAAAAGAACUGUUAGUGGAGAUCUUUGGGCACAUACUCGUGAACCCAUGAGACAACCGCUGCUUAAAAAAAUUGUUAAUGACGAAAAAUUAUCCAAAGCUGCGAUAGCAUCAUUCUUUGCUAUUCUUAGGUAUAUGGGUGAUAUGCCAAGCCCGAAGGCAAGAUCUGUUACUGAAUUUACUGAUGAGGUUUUUAGAUCAGCUUUAUCAGAACCUAGUUUACGCGAUGAGAUUUAUUGCCAGAUUAUAAAGCAAUUAACAAACAACAGAAUACAAUUGAGUGAAGAAAGGGGGUGGGAAUUAAUGUGGCUUGCUACUGGUGUUUUUGCUUGCGGUCCAGUUUUGGUUAAAGAAGUUGUAGAGUUUUUAAAGACUAGGCCCCAUCCCAUAGCCAAAGAUUGCUUGAAACGGUUAUUUAAAAUACAAAGAGGUGGUUCUAGAAUGUAUGCACCAUAUAUGGUCGAAGUUGAAGCGAUCCAACAUAGAAGUAUGCAGAUAUAUCACAAAGUUUACUUUCCUGAUGAUACUGACGAAGCGUUUGAAGUCGAUUCAUCCACAAAAGCGAGGGAACUGUGUGAACAGAUAACGGGACGCCUUAACUUAAAAAAUAGUGAUGGGUUUAGCCUUUUUGUGAAGAUUGUAGACAAAGUCUUUUCUGUCCCUGAAAGUUAUUAUUUCUUUGACUUCAUCCAUGAACUCGUGGAAUGGAUGAAGCAGACUCGUCCAGUGCGAUCAGCUGGCAGUCAAUUACAAAUGAGCUACCAAAUAUUUUUCAUGAAAAAGCUCUGGAUCAACACUUUUCCUGGAAAGGAUAAGAACGCAGAUCAAAUAUUUUACUUUCCGCAGGAAUUGCCAAAAUAUUUGCGUGGUUAUCACAAAACUUCCAAGCAUGAUUUAUGUGAAUUAGCCGCACUUGUUUAUAGAGCUAGAUAUGGUAAUGACCAGUCCCUACUGCCGCAAAUUACACAGAUGUUAGAAGAGUUUAUACCAUCGGAUAUGAUAAGAAUUCAGUCAAAUUCAAAUUGGAAGUCGGCAAUUGCUUCAGCGUAUUUAAAACAUGGGCCAAUGACUGAAGAAGAGGCAAAGGACCAAUUUCUUAAACGAAUAUACCAACUUCCAACAUUUGGUACUGCCUUUUUUGAAGUAAAACAGACUUCUGAUCCUUCGUAUCCAGAAAUGGUUGUAAUUGGCAUUAAUAAAAAUGGAGUUAGCGUGAUUCAUCCGCAAAGUCGUGACUUGUUAGUGACUUAUCCUUUCUCUGAAAUAUCCAAUUGGUCUUCGGGUAAUACAUUUUUCCAUAUGACGAUGGGAAGCUUCCUCCGUGGGACCAAGAUCCUUUGCGAGACUUCAUUGGGAUAUAAAAUGGAUGACCUAAUAUCAUCAUAUAUUGCUGUAUUGCGUCAGGCGAUGAAACAAAAACGAUCUCAGUGAUCCAAGGGUUGUGAAGAAAAAUUUAAGUUAUU